AUGCAAUCCUUCAACCAGGCUAAGCCAGUUGCUGCCCCCAUACAUGUCCUUCAUACAAUUCUGACCAAACUGGACAGCUCGCGGCGCGUUGGUAACAAGUGGCAUACCCUUGGAGGAGUGCCGCACAAUCCCUGGUUCAUAUUGGUCCAAGCGACCACGCUGGCCGGCCAAGUCAUCAUCAUCUUCCUCGGUGGUGAUGCGUUCCAGACAUCGACGGUUCCCGCGGGCGAACAAUUCGACCUUGUCGAGGCGAUCGAGGCCUCAAGACACGACGCGGCCGAGUGUCCUCGUGCUCCUGGCCUUGAGGUGCACCCGAACACGAUGAAGGUGGAUCCGGUCCUCGAUCUUGCGCGGACAGAAGGACGUGCCCCCGAGCCAGGACCUGGAGUUGCGCAGACCAGCGUUAAUAACGUCCUGUUGGGUCAACCACUGGCCGCCUGCGUCAAGAAGGUCCUGACGACGCCCCGGAAUAUCAUUCCGGGAUAG